AUGAUAAUUUGUAUUCGAUUAAUUUCUACUGCUGGUGUCUUUUUCAUGGACGGAACUAUAGCUCCAUUACCAGAUAUAAAAUGUUUGGCAGAUAAAUACAAUGUACUAGUUUUUGUUGAUGAGUGUCAUGCCACAGGAUUUUUUGGUCGAACAGGUCGAGAGACAGAAGAAUAUUUUAAUAUGAUUGGAACAAUUGAUAUUAUUAAUUCAAUAUUAGGUAAAGCAUUAGGUGGUGCAGCUGGUGAAUAUACAACAGGUUCCAAAGCUCUUAUUGAUUUAUUACAACAACGUUCAAGACCAUAUCUUUUUUCAGAUACACUUCCACCAUUUGUUAACUUUUCGAAAUCAUGUAUUCGAAAAUAA